AUGUCGAAGACACAGCCAAAGAAAAAGGACUCCUCUUCUAGCAAAGUGUCUUUAUCCGACCGACAGACAGAAGCAACGUCUCAGGUAGCCACGUCUUCUGAGAGCCUGGGAGGUGUGUGGAGAUGCAAAUUUCCCAUUUGGCCUGAGUGGAAUGAUGUAGAAGUCAGCAAAGAGAAAUGGGACUCAAGCAAAGGAGCUGAAGAUGGAAAGAUGACAAAGAGUCCCAAUGCUGUAAAUCCGUUCUUUGAAGAUCCCGAGGGUAAAAUUUGCUUGCCUCCAUCUUUGCGAGUGCACUCCUGGAAGCGCCCUACAGAAUUUAUUGUCAACAAGGGUCCUACUGUUGUUGAGAAUCAAACCACCUUCGACCUGAUCUCCUCUAAUGGUCACCUGAUUUGCAGUGAGCUGAUGAGGUGGAUCAUCAGUGAGAUCUAUAUUGUUUGGACGCUGUCUAACAGCGAAGCUAUAGAACAAAAUGGCUGGAAACCUUGGGAGCAUAUCUACUCACUGUGCAAGGUGGUGAAAGGUCAUGUGCCGCUCUACAACAACUAUGGGAAAUAUGUGGUCAGACUCUAUUGGAUGGGUGUUUGGAGGAAGAUAACAGUGGACGAUUCCAUGCCAUUUGACGAAGAAAACAACCUGCUUCUCCCUGCCUCUACCUGUCAGUCAGAGCUGUGGCCAAUGCUGCUGGCUAAGGCUCUCAUUAAAGUUGCCAACACAAAUAUAGUGUCAGAGGUCUGCGGAGAGAUGGGUGAGCUCACCUUUAUACACACCCUCACCAGCUGGAUCCCAGAAAUCAGUCCAAUUAAGUCUGUAUACCUGGGAAAAGUGUGGGAUUUCUUGCAAGACAGCAUUCCCAUAUUUACACACCCAGAUGACAGUUUGCCAGAAACGGAGCCUCAGACUGCAUGUCCAGCUGAAAGGAGGGAUUCCAAGAAAAGUACCCCCGAGGUAGCUGUGUGUGCUAGCUACUACCCAUUUCAGCUGCAUAACAAUUCCUCUGGGUUUGGUCUAAUGGCUAAUUCCUCAGAGUUUCUACGUCGGUAUGGCCUUUCUUUGCUGUACAGCCACAUUGUCCUCUUGACCAGAACCCGGGCAUGCCCGUUGGAGCCUCCACUCAAACCACCCCCUGUGCCCCAAUGGAAGCUCAUCCGCCAGCGCAAGGAGAUUGUGAUCACUGAUGAACCACGGAAGCUCCCUUUGUCAAAACCAGAGCAGUUCAUCGAGGUUGCCAGCCCUUUUCUUUCCGACUGUGUCAAGAGCAGCGUUGGCCCAAUCCCAGAGCUUGAGGCCAAGCAGAGCGCUCAGGGGAAGCAGUGCUACAGAUCCCCUAUGGUGUCGAUUGCUGAGAGAGAGGAGACUGAAUGCCGAGAAGGCCUUGAGCCUGAUGCAGCUGAACGCACCACUAACUCAGCAAACAGCACUGACAAAACAGAGGUUACUGCAGAGGACAGGAAAAAGGACGAUGAUGACAUCUCUAAUGAUCGGCCCAAAACUGCUCUGAAGGAACCCGUGACUGAAGAACCUUCAACUCCUAUCAAACCCAUCCUGCAGGAGACCUGGGUGGAUCUCGAUGACUUCGCUAAAUGCUUCCAUACUCUCUUGGUGUUCCAUAAGCCAGAAAUCUACCCAUACCACUUUCAGAAAUCUCACCUUAAGAGCACUGUCUUGUCCAAAACUGCAACAGGCAACAACUGCACUGGAUCGUCUUCACACUCUCUUGGAUCCCUCCAUGUGUCUUCUGCUGUGGCAAACCCAGAAUGUUCAGAGGUGAGAGGCACUCACUACAUGUGUGUGGACAGCCUGCAACCUUCCCAGAUCCUCAUCAGCUUCUCCGCUCUGCUUCUCUGGGGGGAGACAACCGCGGAGAAAAAGGAAAUGUCAGCAGCGUGUAGGUCUGCAGUUCUGCUCGUCCAGCCAUACUCCUGGAAGAACCUGCAAUCUCAGCUGCCGGUUCUCACCAUCAAGACCACCUCCUCAAAGGCAGUCAUGCUUAGCUUACCCCCGGGGCGCCAUGUUUUGUCCAUCCACACCAAGGCAGCACUGGGCUACCACCUCCACCUUUGCAGCAAGACACAUUUCAUCUUUGGGGAUGAAGAAACCAUUAUGUCAAACCUUGUGAAGGAGAGUGCUCGUUUCACUGAGCAGGCUUUGUCCAUCCUGAGGGCUCUGUCCAGAGUGGUGGCUCUCUUUAGUGAUGAGCAGGAGCAGCCAGCAGCUAAAAGAGCCCUGGAAGAGGCGCAUUGUCCCAAAAACAUCAACAUUACCCUGGGAAAAUGGAAACACCACAAGUUGUUUAACUCAGCAGUCUACCACAUGCUGUGUGAGGCUCUGGGCAGGAAGCUGACAGGAGAGGAGCGGUUUGCUGUACUGGCCCUCACUGCUGAUCCUUCACUCUUAGCACCUGAAACCAAAGAACACUCCCUUGCAAUGGAUGUAGAGUCAAAGCCUCCAGAGAGCUGGAGAGACAGGCAGCCAACAAUCAAGGAGGUCAAAGCAGUCACCAUCCUGCAGGCUGGAUUCAAAGGGCACUUGGUGCGAGCGAUCCUUAAAGCCUCUAAACCUGGCACGAAGGAGAACCUCCACGCAUCAAAGCUCCUUUGUGACAUGUGGCCGAAGGUUGAAUCUGAUGCAGACAAAUAUGCUGCCUUCUUGCUAUGGUAUAUCAUUGACCACCCUGAGAGAAAAGCUGAGCUCUACCCCUGUCAGCAGGAUGAAUGGACCAGAAUCACAUUUAGUGAUUACUCUGUCUCCCUUCCAGACACAGCCAACUCCUGGGUCUUGGUCUUCAGAGAGGUGUUCCUGGUUCCAAAGGAAAUGUUGCUGGUCCCAAAAGUGUACUCUCCAAUCCCAAACUCUCUGCUGCAUGUCAUAAAUAAUGACACAGGAGAGGAGCUAGACAUGGUCUUCAACAAAGUAGUUCCACAUGUCUAUCAACCCAAUAAGCUUGGUUAUACCUUUGUAGCAGAGGUAAUCACACCUGAAUCACCCCCUGCUGGUACCAAGUGGAGGAUGCGCUUGAUUGGCUCAAGGGAACCUCUUCCAAAACUGGCCCAAGAGACGCUUAACAUGUUUUCUGUGAAGGAAUUCCGGGAUUAUUACAUUCCCAAUGAUAAAAACUUGAUAUGCCGUUACUCUGUGCAGGUGACAGCAGAUGUCCUGGGAACAGUUCAGUUUCAGACAUCCAAGCCAGAUGUACUGAUAUGUCUGUCCAUUCUGGACCAGGAGAGAGAGGUGGUCAGCAACACCGGGAAAGGCCAUGUAGUGAUUCCUGUGUUCAACUUCCUGGCCAACAAAUGUGAGCAUUAGGUUUGGGAAAUAACUGAUGACAGAAAAACUUCUUGCACUGUGGCAGAAGUCAAGAUAGUCGACGCUCUUCGGCAAAGAGAUGGGGAGGACAGUGCGGCUGGGAAAUCAAAGUCUUCGUCUGACCAGUACCAGCCUCCCACGGAGACGACGGGUCAUAAAUAUGUGGUAAAGGCAGAAGUGCUUUAUAAGAGCUGGGAUUUGGAUGAGUCUCAGCUGGCUUUUGUCCAUAUGCUCAGAGACUUGGAGAAGAAUGAAAUGAAAGGUACAUACUUGAGUCACAAACUAUCACUAACACCACAUCUCAAAGUCAGCCACAUUAAGCAGAAGUCUGACACACCCAAAGCCAACCGCAAAGGCGACAGUGACAAGGAGAAGGGGAAGCCAGCUGCCAGCUCCAAAUCUGGCUCCAGGCUAGGAACGAGCCUUGACCUGACCAAGGCCAACUGGACGCUGCGUGUGGUCGGUGACAAAAGCAAAGCAGAGAGCAUUGUGGUGAAAAAGGACACAGAGAGAAUAGACCAAAUCAAGGCCGUUAAGAAAGCAUGGGAAAUGGCUGAGCCAGGCCGCUGUGCCAAGGCUUUCCAGUCUCGUCUCAAGUUUCUUAACCAAGGCCAGAAUCAAGGAAGUGAUGAAGCUACAACUGAUGAUGCAGAAAGCAUUACAGCUGCUACCACACCUGGUCUUGACCCCUCUCUCUGUACAUCCGAACAAAAGCUGAGUGAUACCUCACAGUGUCAUCCUCACAUGGACUACACUUCCUUUAUAAGACGGCAAAAGGAUUUUUCAGCACUGAUGGACUCACAGAUCGAGGAGAUCCAGCAGAGGGAGCGCUUAGAAAAGAUCCAGACCUUCCGAUUGGGGCGAGACAAUGUGCUGGAGCACCGGAAACAGCAAGAUCUCAAUAGGAAGGAGCUAAUGAGACAGCAAUUAGAGAUAUAUGAAAACAUGCAGGCAGCCUUGUGGCAGCGCCGUAAGAAAUUCCUUGAUGCUUGUGAAGCAUUUAGUAGCCGUCAGAUGGCAGCCAUAAAAAAGGAACAAGAAGAGAAACAAGCACUGGAGGAAGCCCAGCAGGCAGCUCAAGAAAAAACAGUCCCCACCUCUGCUGCCAAUAAGCAGCCCAACAAAGGUGCCAAGAGUGCUAGCAAGAAGAAGUGA